UGUAUGACAUCUUCAACGAGUCGACGGUGGUUUGGGGUUUUGUGCAAGAGGUUUGCAACUGCCGGCGGCUGACGGCUGGGGACUUCAGCCUCGUGGCCCCCGCAGAACCCUCAGCCCCAGCCAAAGAGCACAUUAAAGGGGCCCUUGCGAAGUGCCGCUCCAUUCUUCAAGACCCCCGCAUUUUCGUUUGCCACCGCGGCCAGGAGUUUCCCCGCAACUUUCCUUCUUUCGUUUCGCACAUACUUGUGCAGCUGCUGCAGAUGUAUUGCCACAUCUACAGGCAGCACUUCGACUGGCUUCUCGAGACGGACACUGUGGCGCAUGUAAACUGCUGCUUCAAACAUGCCCUUUUCUUCGGAAUGGAAUUCACCCUUGUGAAGCUUGACGACGUAGCCCCAAUACGGGGCCUCGCCCUGCACUUCCUAGAGCAGGCCCGGCGGGAGAUUGCGGAGGCAGAAGCUGCAGAGGGCACGCAGCAGCAGCAGCAGCAGCUGUUGCUGCAGCAGCAGCUGCAGCAGCAGCAGCAGCUCCAGCAGCAGCAGCUGCUGCAGUCGCAGCAACAGAAAAGGAUCCCGCAGCAACAGCAGCAACGGGACUCCGCCCUACUGCAGCAGAAGUGCCAGCAGCAGCAGCAGCAGCAGCAGCAGCAGCAGCAGCAGCAGGACAAGCGGCAGCUGCGCCGCCCUCUAUGA